GACCAACUUCCUGUUAGCAACCAGGCCUUGUGUGACAACGGUUCCUAGGCAGGAUUUGUUGCUGUUAGCGGUACACGCAGUUAUACAGUUCAUACAAAUAUUUGUUAGCAUUUUCAUUUAGCUAAAGUCAAAUAAAAAACGACAUUCUGUGACAGCGCUCCGAGAACUAUAAUAAAAUUAUUAGUUCGACAAUUAGCUAGUUCAAAAGUCAUAUUUUUUAACGAAUCGCAAGCUAGUCAGGUUUUUUUGUUGGGUUGAAGUCACAAACUCUUCAAGAUGAGCGAACAGCUCAAAUUUAUCGUUGAACAGCUGAACAGGGAGCCUUUUAAGAAAAACUUCAAUCUCAUUACCUUCGAUUCUUUGGAGCCAAUGCAGUUACUGCAGACUUUAAAUGAUGUUCUGGCUGAAAUUGACCCAAAGCAAGCCAUCGACAUACGUGAGGAAAUGCCCGAGCAGACAGCCAAGAGAAUGUUUACUCUUUUGGGGAUGCUGAAAUACAAACCACCUGGAGGAAUGUCUGAAGUAAGCAGUUUUCGUCAGGGUUUGGUGGCAGGCAGUAAGCCUGUGGUGCACCCCAUCUUGCACUGGCUGUUACAGAGGAUUCCAGAGCUGAAGAAGAGAGCAUAUCUGGCCAGAUUCCUCGUCAAACUAGAGGUUCCUGCUGAGUUUCUUCAAGAUGAUAUCAUUGCUGAGACCUACCACCAGUAUGAGGAGCUGGUGGAGGGAUUCAAGAACAUCCAUAAAGAGUGUGAACAGCUGAAGAGCUCAGGUUUCUCCACCGCUGAGAUCCGGCGGGACAUUGUUGCAAUGGAGGAGGAGAAGGACCAACUCAUCAAAAGGGUGGAGCGUCUUAGAAAGAGGGUGGAGGCAGUGUCAAACCACCAGCGCAUGCUGGAGCUGGCCAGACAGUUAAGAGUGGAAAAAGAAAGAGAAGAGUCUAUUGCUCAUCAGAAACAGGAGCAGAAAAACCAGCUCUUCCAGGCAGAGCAGAGACUGCAGAGAUCUCAGAUCCAGCUCAAAGACUUGCAGCAGGCAGCCGCAGACGAAAAGCCAGAGAGCCUCAUGAAGAGACUUGAGGAGGACAUCAAGUUCAACUCCUACAUGGUGUCUGAGAAGCUGCCCAAAGAGUUGGAGAACAUGAGAAAGGUGGUGCAGUACCUACAGAAGGUGGCGUCUGAGCCUGCUAUGGGACAAGCAGAGCUGAGGGAGCUGGAGGACAAGAUCAGAGAAACCAACACAGAGAUCAACCAUCUGAUCGAAAAGAAGAUGAUGCGUAAUGACCCAAUGGAUGAUAAACUCUCUCUGUUCAGACAGCAGGCUGCUAUUAUAGUCCAUAAAAAGGAAACCAAGGUGGAGGAGUUGCAGGAGGCCCGUGAGGAGCUGGCAGCUGUGGAAAGAGAACUGAACAUGAAGAGCAGUCAGGCACGAGAGCGAGGUGGAGCGGAGCUGAUCCGUGGAGAUGAGUUUAAGCGAUAUGUGGCCAAGAUGCGUGGCAAGAGUAGCAUGUAUAAGAAGAAACGUCAGGAGAUUGCUGAGCUGAAGGCAGAGUACGGCGUUCUACAGAGGACUGAAGAGAUCCUGAGAGAACGACACACAGCUGGACAUCAACAGCUGCAAUCUCUGGAGGCUCAGCGGGGGAUCUCAGGCUACAGCGAUACUCAGGAAGAGCUGGAGAGAGUCUCCGCUAUCAAGAGCGAACUGGACGAGAUGAAGGGACGAACACUGGACGACAUGUCUGAAAUGGUAAAAAAGCUGAAUUCAGUGAUAGCACAAAAGAAGUCUGCUUUAUCUCCACUGAUAAAGGACCUGAGAGCUCUGAGACAGGAACAUGCGGAGCUCGCUCCAGAGUAUGAGCAAAAAAAGGCUCAGUAUGACACCUGUGCUGCAGGACUGGAGAGCAACAGAUCCAAGCUGGAACAGGAAGUGAGGACACUCAGGGAAGAAACGGCACAGGAAGAAAGCCGAUAUCAUCACAUUAACUGCGUGAGAGAGAUUACUGAGAGUCAAAUGCAAAGAGCAGCAGAGCAGAGUAAGAUCAAUCAGUCAAUGGACUUACAGGUGCGGAGGACGGCUCUCAGAGAGAAGUACAUUGCGAACACAGCUGAGCAGGAGUCCUUGGGCAAGGUUCUACGUCAGCAGGUGAAACAGGUGCGAGAGAACCAGGAGCCCAAUAUGAGACAGAUGAAGAUGUGGAAGGACCUGGAGACGCUGUUGGAGUGCAAGAAGCAGUGCUACCUCAAGGCUCAGAGCCAGGCGCCUAUUGGGCACAUCAUCCAGGAUGUUGGCAAGGAUAUGCUGGUUCUGUGAUGCCAUUUCCCAUGUAAAAGUUGUCUUUCUGGUCAUUAAUAUAUGAAUUAUUAUAUAUACUAUAUAUACGCACACACACACACACUACCGGUCGAAAGUUCGGAAACAUUGCUAUUUUUUAUGUUUUUGAACUUUUGAAGUCUCUUAUGCUCAUUAAGGCUGCAUUUAUUUAAUAAUAAAUACAGAAAAAACAACAAUAUUGUGAAAUAUUAUUACAAUUUAAAAUGAUGGUUUUCUAUUUUAAUAUACUUUAAAAUAUAAUUUAUUUCUGUGAUGCAAAGCUGAAUUUUCAGCAUCAUUACUCCAGUCUUCAGUGUCACAUGAUCCUUUAGAAAUCAUUCUAAUAUGAUGAUUUGAUACUCAGUUAUUAUCAAUGUUGAAAACAGUUGUGUUGCUUAAUAUUUUAUUGGAACCUGUGAUACUUUUUUCAGGAUUCAUUGAUGAAUAAAAGGUUAAAAAGAACAGCAUUUAUUCAAAAUAUAAAUCUUUUCUAACAAUAUAAAUCUUGAUUAUCACUUUUUAUCAAUUUAACACAUCCGUGCAAUAUAAAAGUAUUAAUUUCUUUCAAAAAAAAGAAAGAAAAAAAAUUACUGACCCUAAAAUUUUGAACGGUAGUGUAUAUUGUUGUAAAAGAUUUCUAUUUUAAAUAAAUGCUGAUGUUUUUUAACUUUUUAUUCAUCAAAGAAUCCUAAAAAAGUAUCACAGGUUAUAAAAUAAUAUUAAGCAGCACAACUGUUUCCAACAUUGAUAAUAAAUCAGCAUAUUACAAUGAUUUCUGAAGGAUCAUGUGACACUGAAGACUGGAGUAAUGAUGCUGACAAUUCAGCUUUGCAUCACAGAAAUAAAUUAUAUUUUAAAGUAUAUUAAAAUAGAAAACCAUAAUUUUAAAUUGUAAUAAUAUUUCACAAUAUUAUUGUUUUUUUCUGUAUUUAUUAUGAAAUAAAUGCAGCCUUAAUGAGCAUAAGAGACUUUGUUCAAAAACAUUAAAAAUAGUAAUGUUUCCAAACUUUUGACCGGUAGUGUAUUAUAUACACACACACAUACAUACACAAUUGUUUGUAUAUUUUGUAUGUUAAAACUGUAUACUAAUAUCUUACGCACUAACUUCCAAUAAGUCCCUAGUCUCGGUUUUGACACGUCUUUAAGAACAGAGCUCCAGUCUAUGUGUCCAAAGAUAACACCCUACAAAGUGCUACACUUUAGAUGCGCCUGUGCUCCAAGUUAUUUUGGGAAACAACAGCCAUGACCUUGGCCAGAAGAGCUGUCCAAUUUAGGAAUUCAGUUAGAUCUCCUUUUGUUGCUCUGUCAGGGUAGUGCUUAAGUAGUAAACACUCACUUGUCCCAUCAUCAUACCUUUUGUAAAAAAAAAAAAAAAAAAGUGUUCAUUUUCUUCCUACGUCUUUUUCACUGUAUCGAAAAGUAAGAAGGCUGCUAGGCUAGUUCACUUCUACUUUUGUUUGAAAAAUUAAAAAGUUAUGUAAACAUGUUGUAUAAUAAAGUUAUAGAAUAUAUUGUAAAUUA